GUCGCACACUUAGCAGGUCAGCUAAGUGGAAAUGAAGACACAAACACGGCGUACUUUUCUUUAGUCUUCUUCGACUCCAUCUGUAGAACAUGUCCACAUUGCAGGAUGCUCAACAUGAAUCCAGACGGCGGCUCGCGGACCUCUGAUUGGACGUUUGGAGACAUCCGGAUAUGAAAAGGAGCAAAGUGCUGGAUGUUGUUUUAAAGGCCGACAUGGAGCUGCGGAGAGAAGCAGACGUCCAGCAGCUGUUGGUGGUUCAAGAAGAGAUUCCCUUUGAUCAGCAGGAGUGGAGCUCCAGUCUGGACCAGGAGGACCCAGAGCCCCCACACAUUAAAGAGGACCAGGAGGACCCAGAGCCCCCACACAUUAAAGAGGACCAGGAGGACCCAGAGCCCCCACACAUUAAAGAGGAACAGGAGGACCCAGAGCCCCCACACAUUAAAGAGGAACAGGAGGACCCAGACCCCCCACACAUUAAAGAGGAACAGGAGGACCCAGACCCCCCACACAUUAAAGAGGAACAGGAGGACCCAGAGCCCCCACACAUUAAAGGGGACCAGAAGGACCUCUGGACCAGUCAGGAGGGAGAGCAGCUUCAAGGUCUGGAGGAGGCUGGUAUCAGGUUCAUAUUUACUACUGUUAAGAGUGAAUAUGAUGAAGAGGAAGCUCAGUCCUCACAUCUUCAUCAAAGACUAACUGAACACAUGGAAACAGAAGCUGAUGGAGAGGACUGUGGAGGACCAGAACCAGACAGGAACUCAGAUCCAGUUAGACAUGCAGAACCAGAUAAAGAGACUGAACCGUAUUCUGAACCUGACGACAGUGUUGACGUUGAGUUUUGGAAAGAGACCAGGAAACAUCAGUCAGGGUUUACUUACCAGAGAAAUAAAAAGGUCUCUGUAAAUGAUGGACUUAAUAGCAAGAAACCAUUCAGCUGCUCUGAUGACACGACUGAAAGUGAACCCAAGACUGAUGACAGAGUGGAUGGGGAUCCACCUCAAUCAGGUCCAAAGCAUCUGAACGGUGAGGAGGUCUCUGUCAGAGAUACAGGACUUAACACUGACAUGAAACCGUUCAGCUCCUCUGAGUGUCAGGAAAGAUCUGAAGACCGUCUCACUCUGCUGACACACAAGGGCCCUCCCACAGAGGAGAAACCAUUCCGCUGCUCACUGUGUGGUCAAAUAUUUAACAAGCAGGAAAGCUUCCAUUCUCACAUGACACAUCACUUAGGGGAGAAACCGUUCCGCUGCUCAGUGUGUAACUCAGACUGCAGUGACAGCGAGUCUUUAGUUCAACACAUGAGGAUCCACACAAUGCAAAUGCGGUUUAAUUGCACAAUUUGUGGUGAAGAGUUUGCAUGGAGGAGAUAUCUGACUAAACAUAUGGAAGUCCACAAAAUCUACAGAUGCAGUGUUUGUGACCAAAGAUUCACUUGGUGUAAACAGCUCAAAGAUCAUAGAUGUGUUGGUCGUCGUUUCUCAAGGCUUCAUGAAACUCAGACUGAGGAGAACCGAGAGGCAGAACCUCCAGCCAGCAGCUCAACUGAACACAUGGAAACAGAAGCUGAUGGAGAGGACUGUGGAGGACCAGAACCAGACAAGAACUCGGAUCCAGAACCAGACAGGAAUUCAGAUCCAGAUGGACAUCCAGAACCACAUACCGAUGACAAGAAUGGAGACUAUUCUGAACCUGAUUACAGUGAUGACUGGAAGGAGACCAGAGAACCUCAGUCAGGUUUAAACUCUCUGAAUAAUGAGGAAGUUUCUCUCAGUGGUUCCAGAUUUAGAGCUAGAGAGAAACCUUUUAGCUGCUCUGAGUGUGGGAAAAUAUUUAGGAAAAAGACGCAUCUAAAGAUACACAUGAGAUCUCACACAGGAGAGAAACCAUUCAGCUGCUCAGUUUGUAAGAAAUCUUUUUCACAGAGUGGAAAUUUACAGAAACACAUGAGAAUCCACACUGGAGAGAAACCGUACAGCUGCUCUGAGUGUGGGAAACGAUUUGGCUCCCAGGAAAGUCUGAAGAAACACAUGAAAAUUCACACAGGAGAGAGAAUAUUCAACUGUUCAUUGUGUUGUAAAAGAUUCAAUGGCAAGUGCAACUUGGAUGAACACAUGAGAAACCACACAGAAGAGAAAAGGUUCAGCUGCAGUGUUUGUGACCAAAAGUUCACCUGGUUUUAUCAGCUCAGAAAACAUAAAUGUGUUGGUCGUCGUUUCUCACAGCUUCAUCAGACUCAGACUGAAGAGAACCGAGAGGCAGAACCUCCAGCCAGCAGCUCAACUGAACACAUGGAAACAGAAGAUGAUGGAGAGGACUGUGGAGGACCAGAACCAGACAAGAACUCGGAUCCAGAGCCAGACAGGAACUCGGAUCCAGAGCCAGACAGGAACUCGGAUCCAGAUAGACAUCCAGAACCCGGUACUGAUGACCAGACUGGAGACCCUUCUGAACCUGAGACUGAUGACAGUGAAGACUGGAAGGAGACCAGAGAACCUCAGUCAGGUUUAAACUUUAAGCACAAUAAUUCGUACAUGGGAGACACCAUUUAGUUGCAGCGUUUGUACCCUAACAGUGGCCUGUUGUCGUCAGGUCAAAAGACAUAAAUGUGUUUGCUGUUCGUCGGUCCUCAGCUUCAUCAGACUGAGGAGAACCGAAAGGCAGAACCUCCAGCCAGCAGCUCAACUGAACACAUGGAAGGAACCAUAACAAUGAGCGCUUGUAUGGAUUUCACUACUUCUCGUCAAACAUGGCUAUUUUAAUUCUUGUCCAUACAAUUAUGUUCACAGUGGGAUUUUUUUUUCUGGAUGCGUCAAAAGCUUUCGAGAGUUAAUAAUACCGUUUUACAAGUCAAAUCAUAGUUGUGUACCACUACACAAAAUUCAUGGUUUGUAUGUUUUUAAGUUCAAUAGAGAAAACCAGAAGACGAUUCUUUCCAUUUAUUUAGAAAAAUAACAAACAUUUAACAGUUCUUACUUCAACUGUUAAGGCAUUCAAAGACUGGAACAGUCAAUGAAUAUAAAUAAAACAAAGAAUGCGACUGUAACGUUACAUAAAUGGAACCCAAUUUCCCCCCAAUUCAGAUUCCUUAAUCCUCCAUCAUGAGACUCCUAGAACUGCUGAUUUAUGUGGACUCAAUUUCCUUGUGAAGGAACAUCUUAGCCAAGUUGAAGCACUUUUACUCAACAUUUUAAAUCCGUGUUGUCUGUUGUGUUGAGUCAUUAGUUAUUUUGUCACAAUCCGAGUCUGCCGGACUCCCUCCAGUCUGUUUUUGAUUUGUUUCGCGGAUCGAAAUGAUAAUGAGCGGAUGAUGUCAUAAAAAAUUAAAUGUUUGAUGUGCAGUCACAGAUAACCUCGACUUCAGUUGAAAAAUGUCGGUACACAGUUGGUUGCAAACCGCCUUGAGAAUUUCUGUUCAUUGUGUAAUUGUGUUUGACAAACAGCUGUUUGGGUCAAAGAGGUUCUGAAAGGACAGAACGUCGUGUACUGAACAGUUCAGUAUGAAUACACUAACUAUUGCACCAACCCAAGUUGAGUUCCUAUGGCUUUAAAGGUUCAGUACUUCUUUAGUGACGUCAAUACUUAAUGAAUAGAAAAGAGUUCUUCUCUUAAAGGCGUCCCACAGGGAUCGAUCCUUGGCCCUGUGCUUUUUCUUAUUUGUCUAAAUGACCCAGUUUCUGUCUUCCAAACUGCACUUGCUAUUUAAUUUGCUGAUGCAACAUGUAAAGAAGUUGUUACUUAAUAUAAAGAAAACUCAUUUCAUGAUAUUUGCAUCUUUAAAAUAAGAAUUACUGUAGCCAUAAGGCAGACAUAAAUGUCCAUGUGUACCCAUCA